AUGACGCUCAUAAGAGUAGCCCCGCCCAACAAGACUCUCAAAGGCCACAAGCUCCUCAUCACAGAUCCUCGAGGUCUCCCAGACGCCGCCGUAGAUCGCCUCCACAACAGCUUCCCCGACCUGCAAGUACAGCGUUUGGGUGAAGACGCCGACGACAGCUGGAGAGAUGCAACAGUAGCGGUCGGCUCGACGUCUAGCCUGCCCUCAAUCGGACAGGCCACAAAGCUAGAGCUCUUCCAACUGACGUCGGCCGGCGCGGAUGGCCUCGUCGGCAAUCCCGUCUUUGACGACACCAAGAUAUCAUUCUGCACCGCAAGCGGGGUACACGGACCUCAAAUAUCGGAAUGGGUCGUGAGCACCUUUCUCGCCUUUCAGCAUCGUCGUGCGUCUCCCUCUUGGCCGUUACCAACCAAGUCCUGCCUCCCUGACCUUAUCCAGUGCCCGAGUACCUUGAAAACCAACAGCAAGGCAAAUGGAAACCCUCCAAACACCCCUCCGACUCCUCCGUCGGCCAGCGAGUGUCAGUCCCACCCCCCCAUCACCACCUCCACCCGCCAACUAACAUGCCCCCCCCUCAGAGGCAUCCUCGGCUACGGCAGCGUCGGGCGGCAAGUCGCCCGCCUCUGCAAGGCCAUGGGCAUGACCGUCCACGCCUACACGCUGCACCCGCGGCGCACGCCCUCGUCCCGCCGCGACGACUCGUACGCGCCCCCGGGCCUCGGCGACCCCGCCGGCGCCCUGCCCGACCGCUGGUUCGCCGGCCGCUCCACCGCGGACCUGCACGCCUUUCUCGGCUCCGGCCUCGACCUGCUCGUCGUCGCCCUGCCGCUGACGCCCCAGACGCGGGGCCUGAUUGCCAAGCCCGAAUUCGACAUCUUGCGGGCCAGGAAGGCGUUUGUGUCCAACAUUGCCCGCGGACCCAUCGUCGACACGCACGACUUGAUCGACGCGCUGGAAAAUGGCACUGUUCGCGGCGCGGCGCUGGACGUGACGGACCCGGAGCCGCUGCCGGACCGUCAUCCGCUGUGGCGUGCCAAGAAUAUCAUCAUCACGCCGCAUGUGAGUGGCGCGACGUCCAAGUAUAUGGAGAGGGUGUUUGAGGUGCUCAUGGCCAAUUUGACACGAUUCAGCAAUGGUGAAAGAUUGAUGAACUUGAUUAACAGGAAAGAGGGAUACUAA